GCAGUUGUUCAUCCUGCAUCCUACACCGCCUCUGUUAUUUCUCGUCGAUAUGAGGACGUCUCAUGGGAUUUUCCGAAUCGUUGCAGCAGGCAGACGAGCUCUUACGACGAUGCUUCAGCAGCAGGCGAGAAACUGCAGCGAAGUUGUCUCCGCGCAUGAGGAUCGGGUCACCCCUGAUUUCUGGGCGGUCCCCCACUAAUUCGUGCAUCACCCACGCCGUCAUGACCAUCCCGACAAGUUCAAGCAGAUUGAUCGUCACGCUACUCGUCUCGCGGCACGCGGCCUUGCGUUUUAGUUCUGCCGAAAAGUCUAGUGGGAGGUCGUACCUCCAGUACGUUCGAAGUUCUGUGCAGUAGCCGCCUAUGGCGUCGAAGCUGGCAUCGGAUAAGUAUUUUCUCUUCGGUGGGCGCGCAAGUUGUACGAAACACGGGGCGCUCAGGGAUUCCCCCGCAGCUACGAGCUCAUGCUGGAUCGCCCAUCGCCAAAACUCUAGAUCAGCGUGGAACUCCUUCCCGAGAUCUACGAUGUGGUUCUGGUUACCGUUCGCAGUGUGCAAGCCUGUAAGGCGCAAGAGCCGCCAGACGAAGUACUUUCCAGCUCGAAUCACAAACGUCAUGUUCCAAAGUUUUCCAGCUAUGCUGAAAACCUCUUGUGCGGUCGCUUGCCGCCUAUCUUUUGGCCACUCGUUUUCCAGGGCUGUUUUUAGUGCCUGCGCCUUCUUUUCUGGCACGGAGAUAGUGAGGGCGUGAGAAUCGAUGGUAAACCCCAGAAAUUCAAGUUUGGUAUCCCAGUCCGAACUCUUCUUUGGGGCGAGGAUAGGCGUCUCUCCAGCUUCGUGACCGAACGCACGUACGUAAUCGGAGGCGAGGGACUGGGAGGCGAUCAAGGCAGAACGGUCGGUAUCGGAAAGUUGUGCUCUGAGCAGUGCGUGAUCGUCGACAUAAACCCAAGUCUCGAAAGGGCUGUUCAGCUCGCCCCCUGUACUCGGCCGAAUGACGACAUCGCUGGGUACCGGCGUGGGUUCUCCCUCUUCCCACCUAUCCACAAUCUUCACAUGCUUCAUCAUGUCUACUCCUUCUGGAAGAAUUUGUGCCGUGCUUAGGUUGGUAUUGCGGUGUGCGUGUUCAGCCGCCGACGCCGUGACUCCGAAAUGUCCAGGGGAUCCCGUCCACCCAAACGGGAGUCUCAAGUCCACCACCAGCAAGUCUCCUAGGGUGUAGCCAAAGUUGUGUGCUUGGUCUGGAUUUAUCCGGACGUUGCGAAAGGCAUCGUUCACGUCGGUGGUGGCCAUGAGCAGGCGUAGCUUCGGGCAUUUGGCUCGCAGGCUGACUAACGCGGUUAGGAAACCGGGCAAGGCUCCGGCGCACAGGCACGGCGGAAUGGUAUCUGCAUUAGUGUCUUCGUUGAGAUCCCCCUUUGUUGUUCUGUCUGUUGGGUUAAACGAGAGGUCGUUAAUCACUCUAGGCUUGUGCGUCACCACCACCCCGACAGGCGAGACUCUAAGGUUAGGGAUCUCGUGAGCUGAAGUUUUCUCCAACACCAGGCACCUUUCCCUGCGUACAUCGUUUCCAAGUUUUUCCCAAAGUAACGGCAGGUGUCCGUCUGCUGAGGAGUGAUUACCGUAACGCAGCGCACGCUCUAAGUCUGUGCUUGAGGUCUCGGUGAUAACCGGCACGCCCCCCGUAAUGAUAGUCAUCAGUUCUUCGAUUUGUGGAAACCCCUUCCGCCUUCCGAAAUAGUCUCUGACGGCUGCGGGGUCUACUGGGGGGGUCACCAUGUUACCACCCAAGCAGCGCGCUACGUCGCCUAUGCGUCCUCCGUGUUCGCGCAUCAUGCUCGUUCCCGUUUUUGCG